ACGAAUGAUGUUGUGCUGACAAGAGUGUUAUCACGCUAAAUAAAUAGAAAAACGUCUGACUGUAGAGACUUAGUUUAUUACCGCGCUUUGUCAACGUCUAACGUAUAAUUAAAAUGAAAAUUCAGAUAUUUAUUUUCGGUUUGUUUGUUGUAACAUCACCAGCGCAUGAUGAAAGUGAAAAUGAAACCAAACCAACGUAUUUCCAUCGUCAAAAUGAUGUUACUGAUGACACACAUAUACUUAAAGGGUAUACGAUGUCCUCAGAAAACAGUACAACUGUACGAAUAAACGAACAUCAUCAUCAUCACUUCACGCACCAUAUCGAAUGGCAUCGAAGACAUACAAUACCAUUACCCAACAUUCCGGCCAGGGACAGUACCGAACGACAGCAUCAUUUUACGCACAAUCCCGAAUGGCAUAGACGACAUGGAUUACCUUUGCCUAACGAAAGGAAACAUAGUGAAGCUGAAGGUGAUAACGAGCGACAUCAUCACUUUAGACAUAAUCCAGAAUGGCACCGAAGGCAUGGCCUGCCGCUGCCUGACGACGAGACUAAUAAUGAAGGAAAUGACGCUACGCCAGAUUUUACAAAUAUAAGAACGACAAGAAGAACGCCAAUAAGAAGAACAACAACAAGGAGUACUACGAGUACACCAAGUACAACAACAAGGAGGACUCCACCAAGUACAACAACAAGGAGAACUCCACCAAUUACAACAACAAGUAGAACUACGGCUCCACCAAUUACAACAAGGCGAACUACGGCUCCGCCAAUUACAACAACCAAAUGGACUUCGACCACAGAAGAACCAGAGUAUUCUAGGGAAAUAUAUGAUACAAGACGUCAAGUGGAAUACGAUGACAUCGAAACAUUUCUUAACCGAGUGGAACCAUAAUUCGCUUGCCUGUAAGGCAUGGGUCUUAGAGCAGAAAAUACACCGCAGGUAAUGCGAACACUCUGAUUAAAAAUGUAUGGAAAUGUGAUUAAAAACGUUAAAAGUAA